AGAGAGUUAGUGGUAAAGACUUGGACUAAUUAAGCAAGAGAGAUUACAUUUUUUUUUUUGCAGUGAGAGAAGCACAGGACAACUAUGGAGGCAUUCCCAAUUGUUGAUUUGUCAAAGAUCAAUGGUGAAGAGAGAGCUGCAACCAUGGAUUUGAUCAAAGAUUCCUGUGAGAACUGGGGCUUCUUUGAGUUGGUGAAUCAUGGGAUUUCUCAUGAGUUUAUGGACAAGGUGGAGAGGUUGACUAAGGAGCACUACAAGAAGUGCAUGGAACAGAGGUUUAAAGAAAUGGUGGAAAGCAAAGGACUUGAAGCUGUUCAAUCUGAAAUCAGUGACUUAGACUGGGAAAGCACAUUCUACCUGCGCCACCUACCAGAUUCAAACAUCAAUGAAAUCCCUGAUCUUGAAGAUGAUUACAGGAAUGCUAUGAAGGAGUUUGCAAAGCAACUGGAGAAACUAGCAGAGCAACUUCUGGAUUUGCUCUGUGAGAAUCUUGGGCUUGAGAAGGGUUAUCUGAAGAAGGCAUUUUAUGGGUCUAGAGGCCCAACUUUUGGUACCAAAGUCAGCAAUUACCCUCCAUGCCCUAAACCAGACCUGAUUAAGGGUCUCAGGGCACAUACUGAUGCUGGUGGCCUUAUUCUGCUCUUCCAAGAUGACAAGGUUAGUGGUCUCCAGCUACUCAAAGACGGGCAGUGGAUUGAUGUUCCUCCCAUGAAGCACUCCAUUGUCAUCAACUUAGGUGACCAACUUGAGGUGAUCACUAAUGGAAAGUACAAGAGUGUGAUGCACAGAGUGAUUGCUCAAACAGAUGGAACAAGGAUGUCCAUAGCAUCAUUUUACAAUCCAGGAGGUGAUGCAGUAAUCUAUCCAGCUCCUGCAUUGUUGAAGAAAGAAGCAGAGACAAAGGAAAUUUACCCAAAAUUUGUGUUUGAGGACUACAUGAAGCUGUAUGCAGGACUCAAGUUCCAGGCCAAGGAGCCAAGAUUUGAAGCCAUGAAGAGCAUCGAAUCCACUGCCAAACUGGGUCCUAUUGCCACUGUUUGAGUUGACUAAGAAUUGGGUUUUGUCUGGUUUAUGUUGUUAAGCUGAGUUUUACUUGUGGGUUUUAAUAUUGUGUUAGUGAGAGUUUACAUGUAUCUCAUAAUAUCUGCUGGAUCUUGUCGUGUACUGUUGUCGUGUUAAUUUAACUAUUUAAGAGUCCUUUUGUAGAAAAAGUCAGCAAAACUCUCUCCUAAUAAGAUUAUAGUUUGGCUUUACUAUGUUCCCAAAA